AUAAAUUUCGACAUUUUCACAAGAAUUUAAAAUUUUAAAGCCAAUUGUAAGGAAGAGAUUGCAGAACUAUGUCCAAAAAUCAGUUUGUCAGUGAAUAUGGAGAACUUUCGAAUGAAAUUUUAUUAAAUAUUGCUGAAAUUUUAACAUUGAGGCUACCUGAAGGAAGUGAACGAAUCAUUGCAUCAAAAUGGGUCAAAAAAUUCAACGCUUGUGAGCCAAAUUCCUAUCAACAAUAUCUAUCUCUUUUCGUAAGCUGCUUGACUAAGCAACUUUUAGUUGAUCCAUUUAAUGCACCACCAAAAGACAUGACAAGUCAGUGGCAUACAUUUUCAAAAGUGUACAAUCAAGAGGACAUCAACAAUGCAGUUAUUCAUCGGCUUUAUAAAGAUUCAUUCACUCCACCAUAUCAGCUUGACUUAUCCAGUGACUUAAAAGAAUAUAUAGCAUUUCAGGAGAUUCCAUUUUUUGGUGCUCACUUCUAUUAUGCUUUCUCACCACGUGACAAAAUUGAUAAAUGGACGAACUUUAAUAAAAUGAAUGUACCUAAAAAUUUGAUUGAAAUUUUACGAAAGGAUGAAUUUGUGGAAUCUCCAAUCAAAGGAAGGCUCUUCCCCAGACCACAAUCGAGGCCAACGGAACCAACAAAAAUCACCUUCAAGCCAAAAUCACAAACCAUGUUGUCGAAGAAAAAACCGGAAUGGGAAGACUUAGUCGAACAAGAAAAAGCUGAGGCAGAGCCAGAAAGGAAGCAGCCAACGAUUGUAAUUCCAACAGAUGUUUCUGUCAAAAAUAUUCCACCGGCUUUGCAGAGACGAAUGGCUAAGGCAGAACAAGAAAGGCAAGAACGUCUUUCCAAAAAAUCACAAGAAAAGAAAGACCAUGGAAUGCCAAGAAAAUUAGGAGCUACAAAACGAUCAGUUUCCAUAAAGCCAUCAACAUCUCAAAAGAAACCACCAAGAUCUGUGAAAAACAUAGUUGUAGAAGACAUUGAUGCCAGCCUAAUGAGCAAAACACUCUCAGAUACUCUAAUGGAACCAAAAUCACCAGAAUUUAAAGGACCGCAUGCUGAUUUGCAACGUCGUCUGUUCCACUUACGUCAAUCAAACAUUCCCCCAUCCGAGCUCAUUAAAACGACACACGAUAUAAGUCAAAUGUCGGCAGAUAUCAACAGAGAAGCUGAACGUUUACAACGUGAUGGAACUGCAAAUCUUCAAAAUGUCGAGAGACUUCAUAAUACGGGAUUAAGUGUUGGAAAUAGAAUUUUGAAUAUGCUGAAAGAGCAUCAAGCAGAGCAAUUGCAAGAAGCUGCAGAGAAUGCAGCUGGUGCUUUAGAAAAUGUUCGACUUACAAUGGAGCAAUUGGAUGAUAUGUUAGAGCAAGGAGCACAAACGCAUGACGAGACAUUGAAAAGGUUAAAUGCAAUAAAGGAAAGAAUGCAGCAAUCAGCAUUUGAAGCACAAAAUGCUUCCAUUCGAAUGAAUGAGAUGAAAAUGGGUCAUGAACUGAUGGGAGUGAUGGACGGUAUGUUGGAUGUGAAUGAAAAUUCAGCAUAUCAACUUCAAAGCCUUCAGGCAGGAACGCAACAAGAAGGAAUUUUGAUUGAAGGACUUGAAAACAGUAGCCAACAAUUAGCCUAUGUUAUUCAGGAACAGAGAGAUAGAUUGUCUAGAGCACUCGAAAAUAAUGAACCUGCUUUACUUCCACUUAUUGAACAGACUGUAAAAACUGUUGAUGAAAUUCUUUCAAGUAGCUUCAAUGAAAAUAUUCAAUUGAUCCAAAAUGCAGACAAAACUCGAAAUGCUGUAAAGGCAAUAGAAAUUGACUCACAAAAGCAUGAACAGCUGGAUGACAUGAAUGAACGAACAUUACAAAUUUUACAUGAUGUUGAACAGGCAAUUUCGAAAGUUAUGGAUGUCGAUGCUGACUUAAUUGAUAUUGACAAUCAGGAUUUAGGAUUUUCAGAUAUUCUGGAUGAGAAUGAAGUAGAAAAACAGCGUCAAUUUAAAUUGAAGGAACGACAAGAACGUCUAGAAGAAAUUCAAGAAAGAAGCCAACUUGCGAACAAUUUUAACGGUAAUGAAACUCUUGUAGACAUUAGUUCCAUGCUAGUCAACGACAUUCAAACUUCAAUAUCUGAAAUUGAUCAAAUUUUAAUUCCUGGUUUACAAAAAUUGGAAGUAAAUGCUGAAUUUCCAAAAGAUCGUGAUGCUGUUCAUGAAGCAAUUGAAAUUAUUGAGCAACAUUCUGAAGUUUUGCAUAAUUCAUUGAUGGAAAUGGUAAAUUUAAGAGAAGCUGUAGCUGAUGAAAAGGAAGCACCGAUUGAAUAUGACUUGAUGACCUUUGAAGACGAUGAUUUGAUUGAAUUUGAUUGAGAAUAAAUUUUUAGUCUGGUUCAUUUUUAAGAGG